AUGCACAUUGACCCAUCUCUCAAAAAGAAGACCAAAACAGGUUGCAAAACUUGCAAGAAGCGCCGCGUCAAAUGUGAUGAAGGGCGCCCAGCUUGUCGAAAGUGUGUCUCAAGCAGCCGAGUCUGCGAUGGCUAUGGCAUCUGGGGUGGUGGCGGGACUCCCUACGGACCACCACAAAGCCACCGUACCCUAUCUGUCUACUGCACUCCUGUCUCAGCCGGGAGUCUCGGGGACGAAGAGCAAGUCUGCUUCGACUGGUUAAUCAAACGAACCGCCAAGAAAUUCGCCGGGCUAUUCAAGUCCGACUUCUGGGAGACUUUGAUUUUCCAGGCGAGUGCGCAGGAGCCUGCAGUACGCCAUGCAGUCAUAGCCCUCGCAUCUGCUCAUCGUUUCGAGCAACGCUGGGAUCCGAGAUCAGCUGUGUCGAAGACUGUUCAUAAUGAGCGCUUCACUUUACAGCAGUAUAACAAGGCUAUUCAGCACCUUCGCGCCCAUACUUCACAAACGGGUCAUUCGCUUCGAGUAGCCCUCAUCACAUGUAUGCUGUUCGUUACAUUGGAAUAUCUACGCGGUCAGUAUCAAAGGGGUAGUGCACAUCUUCGGUACGGAAUGAGACUGCUCGCCAAUGUCUCUGCCUCGACAUCUCACUCAACUAUGACACCGAAAAUACUACGACGCGAACAAGAUUUCGCCUAUAAUGCUUUAGUCGACACUUAUGCUCGAUUAGGUAUACAGUCAGCCAUGUUCGGCCACAUCCCUUCGGAUAUGUGUUUUAUAACGCAAGAUCCCCAAACCACGCCCUACAUAUUCAGCUCACUCGUUGAAGCCCGACGCAGUCUCGACAACCAUCUCAACACGAUUCACUGCCUUAAACGGUAUUUUCACGGCACUCAAUCACCAAACAAUCAAAAGAUGAUUGCCCUGCAGACUCGCAUCCUGGAAGAUCUGGAACUCUGGCAAAAGGCAUACACUGCCACUAUCACCCGUCUGGAAACCCAUACAACACCAGGCAGAGACAAAACCGGCUACAUUCUCCUCCGAAUAUACCACGAAAUGGCAAAGAUAAUCGCAUCGACAUGCCUUGUCCCACCAGAAGAACUAGAAAUCAGCUUCGACUCAUACACAGAGAACUUCAUAACGAUAAUGUCCAAUUUCCUCACCAUGUGGAAAAGCUGGACAAUGCCCAAUUUCCAAAACGACCUCUCCGCAUUACCUCCAUCUCUGCGAAACGUACUGGAGCACUCCAACACAGACAGUAUUGAAUUAUCCCUUGACAUACUCGAGAACUCAUCUAUAAAUGAUGUCCUGCAAACACCCGACUGCGGUGGGAACGGCUUCACUGUUGAAACGGGGUAUAUACCGCCGCUGUACUAUACGGCGUUGAAAUGUCGAAUUCCGAGCCUGCGCAGACAGGCUAUUCGUGUGUUGAGGGCUGCGCCGCAUAGAGAGGGUGUUUGGAAUGGGCCUUUGCUGGGGGAUGUUUUGGAUGAGAUUAUUGGGAUUGAGGAGGGUAUGUAUGAUUUGGGUGUCCCUGCUACAGGGUUUCUUCCUAGACCAGAGGACUUGGUGCUGCCCAGGGUUUCUGGUGAAAUGAGGAUUUCGGAUGUUAGAGUUAUCCUGCCGCAUGAUGUUGGUGAUGUUUGUAUUGGAUAUAGGAAGAGGGUUGGGGGUGAGUGGGUGUGUAGACGUAGAAUUGUGCAGUCUGCUGGUUUUGGAUGA